AUGUUCUUCCUCUGUUUCUUGUCAAAGUUUAUUCGGUUGGACUUGAACGUGCCCACGAUCAUCGUUUUGGCCACCGUGGCCAUUUCGUUCGUCGCAGACUCCUUUGUCCUCGUCUUGAACGUGGACGGACCGGGGUCGACCCAAUCGCAGCAGCAGCUGAUGAACGUGGAUGGGCCGAUGGAGUCAACACAGCAGCAGCAGCAGCAGCAGCCGAUUGACGCGAAUGGGCCGACGGUGUCGACACAACCGCAGCAGCAGCCGACGGAACGGGCUCCCAUGUGGACAGUAGCGAACGUGGGCACGACCACUGAAAGCAAGGGCCGCGAUGCAACCAAGAGGGUGCACAAACGGCGCGUCCGGUGGCCCACUAGGGUCGUUGCGAAGGAAAACGCGCGCAUACUUGAAGCUUGUUUGGGUGAUGAUGAGCUGACCGACUUCAUGGAAAGAAGCAAGGCAAAGGCCGAUGAAAAAGCGGAAGAGAUCGAGGGUACGUGUUCCCGUGCGGGGAAGGAGCCGCCCCAUGCAAUCACAUCGAUCCCUCUCAUCGCCAAACUACUCACUCCAGGGUUAUGCGAUGACCCUGGCAUAAUGCAUCAGUGGGGUCUCCUGGAGAAACGGACCGACGGCGUUGUGACACUGGAAGCCGAGCAACGGCGGUUCGUUAUCCACCUGGUCACGACGUACGUGAACAUGAUAACUCAUGUCGUGCCGGCUAGACUCGCAAACAUGAGAGGAAAACGGAAGGAGGAGCUGGACCAAAUCAUCAACCGGGUGAACACCCUGCGGGACCUGAUGCUGAGAGUCUUCACCGAUGCCGCCGUGAAGGACACCCUGCCUGCGAUUUUCUGGGAGGUAUAUGGGAACAAGGAUUUGCGCGAGUUCGCCGAAGAGACUGGAUCGCUCAGAGAGAUUAACUUCCUGGAUCGUCUUGAGUGUGCCCACAACACCGAGUUGUCUGGAAAAUCGUUCACCGGAGAGGUUGUGACUAGAGUGUCGGUCGUUGGGUGUGGGAUUCUGGACGCUGCAAAGCAUGGGAUUCUUCAACGGGACUCGCUGGACUCGAAUUACUUCAGCCACGCGCGAUUGGCAAGAAGCCCUUCACUGAUGGGGAAUGCUCCGUUCAGCAAACUGACGCGAGCGUCGGUCAAGGAGCGCCGGUUGAGGGUCAUCGUGGUGGAUCAAACUCCAGAGGAGCGGGAGAAAAGCAUCGAUACGUGCAUGGCAGCUAUCGCCAAGAAUGGGUGCGGACGCCUGAUGGACACCGUCAAGAAGCAUGACCCCGGCUUCGUCGAGUGGGGGAAGGAACAUCUUGCAAAGGCGAAAAUAAAUUCAACCAUUUGGUCUAGCAGGGAGGAGUUCAUCGAAAAGCCCGAUGACGGCCGCUCUGAAGACAAUCUGGAGGGAAAAGCUCCCGAGGAGAUUAAACAUGGGCAGCGGAGGGUGGCGAACCUCAUGGCGAAGCUAGAGGUAGGUGAUGAUUUCACGUGUAAAGAUAUCUCCGUCUUCAGCGUGGCUCUGAAGCUGCCUGGCUGCUCGCAGCAGCCGUUUUGUAUGGUGGCCAGUCAAAUGUACUACGACGCGAAGGAGAAGAGGAUCAAGAUUCGGCUGCUAGACGGAAAGCAGACGAAUGAAACCAAGCAAGAUCCCUCGAGAUUUUGCAUGGAAAAUGAACUAGAGGGUGGGGAGGUCGUGGAGUAG